GAAGAUCGAGGCGUAACGCAGUCGUCCAAAAUCUUUUGAAAUCAAUUGACUAGCACAGAGUUUCCAUAGUUUCAAUUGUCCUUUUUCCACCUCGAUUAAGCAGGGCUUACGUGUUAUUUCUACGGGAGUGUGAGAAAAAUGCGUGGGUGGAUCGGUUCAGUGGAGAUUAUUUAAUGCGGAGUACAAAAUCAUCGAAAAUGAGAGUAUUCGGGAAAAACAAUGGUCCAUUGUGCAUCCUCGCUUGCAUUCUAUUAGCUGCGGUGGCCAACGGGAUCACCGAUCCAAAUGAUUUUACCACAAAACCAUCCGUGCAUCGGGAAGCUCAAUUGCCGUGGUAUUUACACGAUGGUGAAUCACCGCCUCUGGAGAAAUAUUCCGAAACAGAAACAACGUCGGAGCCUCAAAAAACAGAACCGAAAAAGUCGAUAAAUUCUAUGAUUCAAGCUGUUUUUAGUAAUCCAUCUCUCAUUGGAGAACUCAAAGAAACGGCCGAUGAUGAUACGAAUCGUUCGAAAAAAGUGGCUUCAAAAAAUAUCGAUUAUGGGAACAAGAAUAAUCUGUACGAGGGGGUUCCACCCGAUAACAAGAAGCCAACAAUGGUGAAGAUCGCGAAGCCGGAGAAGUUGAGCCGAGGUGAAACAGCGGCGAGAUAUGACGAACAAACGGGAAUCGCAGAGUGUCCUCAUCCAGAUGCUUCCGGACUAUUUGCUUAUCCUCCGGAUUGCAAAUUCUUCGUCAACUGUCACCAAGGUCGAGCUCACGUACAGCAAUGUGCUCCUGGCACUCGCUUUGAUUCCGAUACCAUGCAAUGUGAUUAUUCAAACAAAGUUAAAUGUUAUGGCGAAGAAAACGAGAAGACGGAAGAUGUCAUUCAUCCAAGACACGGGAUUGUGAAAAGUGUUAGCGCGCAACUCGUUGAACCAAGGAAGCCCGAAUGUCCUCCCCAUCACACCGGAUUGCUGCCACACCCCGAAACAUGUAAAAAAUUUCUGCAGUGUGACAGAGGCGGAACGUUUAUACUCGACUGUGGUCCUGGUACUGCAUUCAAUCCGGCAAUAUCGGUGUGUGAUUGGCCGUACAACGUUCCUGGAUGUUUAGAAGAUCGACCAAAAUCAACUCCGCGACCAUACACAGGAGGGUACGGAAGUAACACCGGGAUUCCAGAUCGACCGGCGGAAACUCCGGGGCAACACAACGGCGGACGACCUGGACAAGGACGGAAUCAGUACGGGAACAAUUAUGGCGGAAGUGGUGGAUCUGGGGACAGAGAAUACGGAUGGAACGGACGUGGACAGGGAGGCCGUGGUGCUCGACCAGCGAAUGGCCAAUUCGGUCAGAAUGGACCAUCCGGUGGCGACUACAAUGGAGAUGGUUACGGCCACGGAUCGGAGCCGUAUGUGAGGCCUGAGAUGAGUUUCGAUAUUCGUCAGGGUCCUCCUGAUGCCAGCGUCUCUUCGAAAUCACCUGAUCGAUUCGGAUCAAGCGCAUCUUACGAUGAUCGCUACCACGGCCAAGUUGGUGCCCGUAAUCGAGGACAAAUUUCUCGACCUUUAGGAAACCAGGGUGACAGUCGUGCAGCUGGUGAAUGGAACAACGAAGGGUACGUUAGUGGGAAGAAGAAUGAGCAACCUUUCAGGGAUCAUCGUCAUGACCACAACCAGCCGAAUCCAUACGGUUGGAGACCGGAGUUGGAGCAAACAGCGAAUCCUGAAAGCGAUGAAAUCGUUGGCGAGUCUUCCCAGCAUCGUGGGUAUUACAGCAGUGGUCAAAAUGGUCAGGGUUAUGGCGGCUACGGGUCUCAAGACGGUGAGGAAGAUCAGCAACAUUCGGUGGACGAUUUGCAGGUCAGCCAGACUCUUUUGCCACCGGAUUGGACAGGCCACCGUCACCACCAUCAUGGCAAUCAUCAACACAAUCACCAGACUGGACCUUACAGCCACCACGAUCACCCUCAUCAUCCCCACCACGGUCACGCUCAUCGUCACGAAGAUGGCACGUGGCAGGAAGCAGAGGAUACUCAACAAAGACCAAACGCAAAGUAUCCGAGCGACAGAAGAGCCUACGGUCGCAUUGACCCAGGGUUUUCGAAUCCCCCGCCAGAUCCCCAUCCAAUAGAUACUCCCACAGAUAACUGGAAACCAGUAGUUCGCUUUCCAUCUCCAAGAGAGAACCACAACGAUAAUUAUCCAUCAAGACCUGACUGGAAUCGUGAAGAUUUACCAAAUUAUGGCCAAAUGAGACCGAGUCCGCUUGAACCAAGGGGCUCCCAAUCUGGAGGCUUCGUGCCCAGUUCGUGGGGAGCACAAGGAUGGAGCGAGCCUGGUUCCCAGGCAACGUUGCCAACUCCCAAUGUUCCACCACUCCAAUCCGGAUCUCAACAAGGCAGCAUCAAUGGUCCCGACCGGAAACUGGACGAGUGGUCAUCCAGGACCAACGUCAUUCAGGCCGGCGAUAAAAGAAGGGACGAGGACAGUAAAAUGGACGAUUGGAGCUCAAAAACAAACGUUUUCAAUCCCCAACAAGGCAACAAGUAUCGAGGUGUCAAGACAUCUCCGCAAGCUCCGAAAAACAGUGGUCCACCGGAGAUUUAUGUGGACCUGAGUGGCUCCGGUGGGUAUCACGAUCCAAGGGACGUCGUCAUAGUGAACGAGGGUCAUUCGAAUACGAGACGUUACGGUCAAGAGACAACGAUUGUUCCACCGAAUUCAAACGUCAAUAACAAUCGUCCGUACGGUAAUUCUGGAAGAUGGGAAGCAGAAAACCCAACUUACGCGAACCCACACGAGCCCGUUCGUACGAGCGGAACACCUAAUCGCUGGAAACCAAUGCGCUACAAAAACAAAACGUUAAUCGAAUCCGAAGCAUCGAUACCAAAUUACCAAAGUUCGAGUAAACCGUUCAGUAGCCAAGAAACUACACCGAUUUUCACAACGAACAGUCCAUCGACCGAUUUCGACUCGUUCACUGAACAAACCAACAAUCGCGGGGCUAGAACAAAUCCAUGGAUCGAAUUGCCAACGGUUUCAAUCGAGGAAAACCACAACGAAAACAAAAAUCGACCGAAAAACAAUGGCAAACAAAAGGAAACUUUGGAUUUUGGUGAAAUAGUUGAACCGGAUGUCGACAACUACGAGAUUGAAGUCCUCGAUAAAGAGUCGUGGACGCCGCACCUCAAUUUUGAAAAUAAAACUAAAAAUACCAACGUCCAGUCGGUCAUUAUGAAAAUAAACAAGAAAAACGACAACGUCGAAAUUUUGGAUGUGAAACUCUCACCGUGGCGCGAAGACGAACCUCCAUUUCCGGUGUAUUAUGUUGCACCCGUUCAUCCGUUGGGUUUCGAGCCACAAACUCCGAAAAUGACCCCCGCAACUGGCCAGACUUUGAGAUUGCGAGGUGGUUCGAGUCCGCGCGAGGGGUACCUCGAAGUUCAGGGCGCUCAUCCGGGCUGGGGUGUAGUAUGCGAUUCGCGAAAUGGUUGGACUCUUAAAGAAGCUCACGUAGUCUGCCGUCAGCUCGGGUACACGAGAGGUGCUGAAAUGGCUUGGCAAGGACGAGUGCAGAAAGACAAGUUCGAACCUCUAUGGGUUGCUUCGAACCAAGUUAAUUGCAACGGAAAUGAAACCCUAUUUCAAACGUGCAAAUUCGUUCAUGACGAAAAUUGCGCAAUCGGAAGAGACGCCGUGGGCAUUCGAUGUGUGGCGAACCCUUUGGCUCAUUGCGCUCCCGAUGAAGUAGCCCAUGACGGCCGAUGUUACCAUCUCGCGAAACCUGACUCCGGCCUCAAUCAUGCUGAGGCGCUGGAAUAUUGCUCCUUGAGGAAAGCUAAACUAGUCGACAUCACCUCACAAGCGGAAAAUAAUUUUCUGAAUGAAUGGCUCAUACAUCACUAUCCUGAGGUCAAAUCGAUCAUGACUUCGGGCAUUGGAUUUACUACUUUCAAUAAAACUCUCUGGCUCUGGGAAGAUUCGGCUCGAGCAAAGUUCCAGUUCCAUAAAUGGUGGCCCGGCUGGAUGGGCGACAGAAAAAUUCCCCCCUGGCCAGGCUCGCGACCAGUUUGUAUUGUCAUGAAAAAGGAAUUCCCUUGUCACAAUAACCCCGAUAAAGCUUGUCCUACUGAUUAUUUCUUCUGGGACAUUGAAGAUUGUGCCACCUCGAUGAAGGGUCACUCGUACGUUUGCGAAAGAGCUUACGACGAUAUUGGUUGCGUUUAUGGAAAAGGUCAAUUGUACGGAGGAGCUGCGAAUAUUUCGGCAUCAGGGAAAAAAUGUUUGCCUUGGGCAUCUCGAACUCUGACUCACCCGCUUCGAAUCAACGUUAUGAAUCCUGACACUAGGAAAGAAUUGAUGGGUCACAAUUAUUGCAGAAAUCCUAAUCCGAGUAAAGAAUCACGACCUUGGUGCUUCACUAACCGCUACGGUGAGAAGGAAUACUGCGAUAUUCCACCUUGUGGAGAAACAGGUACUGAAAGAUCUGCGGUUGGGGGGAAAUGUAAACCGAAACAUUUUGAAUGCAGGCCAGGCGAAUGCAUUCCUUCGCCUUGGGUUUGCGACGGCGAAGAGGAUUGCACGAACGGCCUCGACGAGGCGUCAUGCUCCUCGCACUUAGGCUUCUUCACGAAAGUUGAAUCUCAUCGUUUGGUCGGUCACGAUGUCGAAAAGUGGUUGAAUACGCCUAAAAAAACGUGUGCACUCAGAUGCAAAGAAGCAGAUUUUACGUGUCGAUCGUUCUCUCACAAGACCGAGGGAAACACUUGUUUCUUGAGUGACACGAACGUCGGGAUUUCGGGGGAUUUGUUAUUCGACGCUGAGUACGAGUAUUACGAAAUGAUCGAUAGAUCGAUCGACUGCUCUGGAAUGUUCGUGUGCGACAAUGGCAAAUGCAUUAAUCGCACUAAAAUUUGCGAUGGUAAAAACAACUGCGGUGAUCGGUCUGACGAGAAUAUAUGCACUGCAGAAAAAUUAGACUAUGCGAUACGUUUGGCUGGAUCGAACAGAACGGGCGAGGGUCGAGUCGAAGUUAAAGUCUUCGGACAUUGGGGACAAGUUUGCGACGAUGGUUUCGGUAUGAUCGAUGCCAAUGUCGUGUGCAAGGAAUUGGGAUUCGAAUUUGGUGCAGCGUCUGUCACGCCUGGAGGUUAUUUCGGAAAUAUGGACCCGCCUGAUCGGUUUAUGGUCGAUCAACUCAAGUGUCGAGGCAACGAGACGUCAUUGCGCGAAUGUGACUUUGCAGGUUGGGGCAUCCACAAUUGUCGUGCCGAGGAAGCUGUCGGCGUGACUUGCAAAUCAGCAGUAGACGCCUGCCCAUUGGGUCAAUGGAAGUGCGACACGAGUCCGGUCUGCAUUCGGAGUGCAUUCAUCUGCGACGAGGUUGAGGAUUGUCCGGACAAAUCGGAUGAGAGUCCAUUCCAUUGCAUGGCUCCUUUCGAAUUGCGUUUAGCAAAUGGCAGCACUUCUCUCGAAGGUCGAGUGGAGGUUCGGCAUCAUGGCGUAUGGGGAACCGUUUGUGACGAUGAUUUUACGCAAACAGCUGCGCAAGUCAUCUGCAACUCAUUGGGAUACGGUGGGCCGGCUGUUGCAAAGAAAGAUGGAUAUUUUGGACCUGGCGAAGGGCCGAUCUGGCUCGACGAGGUAUUCUGUCGUGGGAACGAGACCCAGGUUUACAAGUGCGACCGCAAUGCAUGGGGCAUUACCAAUUGUGACCACAACGAGGACGUGGGCGUAAUGUGUGCAGAAGGUCCAGUCAGCAAUCAUCAGUUGCAUGGUGAUGAACAACCAAAAGAAAAAAUCGAUGUGAGCGCCUUAUUACCCACUGAUUGCGGACAGAGAGCAGAAGAUUUUGGCAACGACGAUGGUGAAAUCUUCCAGAGAGUCGUUAAAGGCUCGGUCGCCCCCAGAGGAUCUAUACCUUGGCAAGCGAGUCUACGAGUUCGAGGCCACAGCAUGUCGAACCACUGGUGCGGUGCCGUGGUCAUAUCACCUUUGCACGUGUUAACGGCUGCACACUGUCUCGAAGGAUACACUAAAACGUCUUAUUUCGUUCGCGCUGGCGAUUAUCACACCGAGAUCGACGAAGGUACCGAAAUCGAGGCGAAUAUCGAGGACUAUUACAUUCACGAAGACUUUAGAAAGGGCCAUCGUAUGAACAACGACAUUGCUCUGGUGCUUUUGAAAGGCCGAGGUAUUCCGCUGGGCAAAAAUAUCAUGCCCGUUUGUCUACCUGCAAAAAAUACCGAAUACCCACCUGGACUCAAUUGCAGUAUCAGUGGAUUUGGCAGCAGCAUAUCAGGCGACACUGCACAUAGCUUGAAUCUGCGACACGGUUCGGUGCCAAUACUCGACCAAUCGACUUGUUCAGCUGAUUACAUCUACGGACCCAAGAAUAUUAUGGAUGGCAUGUUUUGUGCUGGCUUCCUCGACGAAGGUGUUGACGCCUGUGAUGGCGAUUCCGGCGGUCCUCUGGUCUGUCAAAAAAAUGGAGCUUUCACUCUGUAUGGACUGACGAGCUGGGGCAAACAUUGCGGGGAAGUGAACAAGCCUGGCGUUUACGUGCGAAUUGCCUACUAUCGAGACUGGAUCGACCAAAAAAUUCGCGAAUCUCUGUUCGGAAGAUAAGCUAUUAAUAAAUUUGGACUUCAGAAUAGAAUAGAAGCCCUCUAAAGGAGAAUUUAGUCGAAUCGAUCAGCCAUAACCAAUUUGUGCUUCUCCUUCAAUACGUUCGUAAUAAAAGUCAUUUUGUCACAGUG